AUGAUAUCUGAUUGCGAUGAUGAUUAUAGUGAUGAUAGUGAUGAUCAUAGCUAUGAAAUAGACGAUAAUUCAAGUGAACAUAUGUCAGAUUCUUUAUCUCUAGACCUUGAAGAUGAGGAUGAUAUAAUCAACUUAAAUAAAACAGUUGAUGAUCAAUUUCUAAAUAAGCUUUGUAUUAUAAACACGAUUGACAAUGUUGAGUUUAAUGUGGAUGAAGAUGAUGAUAAUGUUGGAGAUCAUAUUAUACAAAAAGGUGUUCAGUACCCGAUACAUGAUCCUAAUAUUCCUUGGAAGCUGAUAAAGCGCAGACUUGGUGAGAGGUAUGAGAAUCCUAGUCAAUUAAAGCAGUGUUUGACUAACUACGCGGUUGCAAAUGGCUACCAACUACAAUACGUGAAAAAUGAUUCAGAAAGACUACUUGUUGCAUGUGGAAAAGGUAAAAAAGAUCACACAUGUCCUUUUAGAUUAUGGGCAUCUUGGAUGCAAGAAGAAAAGUCGUUUCAAAUUAAAAGCAUUAAUUGUAAGCACAUAUAUAGUAGAGACUAUAGUUUUGGAUCCCUAGUGACACCAAUUUGGAUUGCAAAACAUUAUGUUAGAGAAAUCAUUGAAAGACCGUUCAUAAAAAUCAAGGAUAUGCAAGAUGAUAUUUUGAAAAAGUUUAUGGUCAAAGUUAGCAAGGGCCAAUGUAUGCGGGCCAAGUCCAGGGCACUUCUUGAAAUUGAAGGUUCUUUGAUAGAACACUAUGGAAAACUUUGGGAUUAUGGACAUGAAAUUAGAAGAGCCAAUCCAGGAUCUAUAGUUAAGAUGGACGUAAAUUUAAUGGCAGAUGGAAGCAAUGAAUUUAGGAGAUUUUAUGUAUGCUUCAAAGCACUAACAGAUGGGUGGAUUAGUGGAUGUAGGAAGGUUAUAGAACUAGAUGGUUGUUUUUUGAAGGGGGUAUGCAAAGGAGAGUUAAUAUCGGCUAUUGGUCGAGACGGAAAUAAUCAAAUCUACCCUAUAGCUUGGGCUGUAGUAGAUGUGGAGAACAAAGAGAAUUGGAAGUGGUUCAUUGAACUAUUAAUAGAAUAUAUUGGUGUUAUCGAAGGAGUAGGGCUUACCAUCAUGUCUGAUCAACACAAGGGCAUUGUUGAAGCUGUAAAAGAAUUGGCACCAUAUGCAAAGCAUAGGCAAUAUGCAAGACACAUAUAUGCUAAUUUUCAUAAAAGAUUUAAUGGUGUUGAGUACAGAAACAUUUUUUGGGCAGCAACUACAUCCACUUUUGAAGCAGAUUUCAUGUCAUACAUGGAAAAGUUUAGGAUACAAAACAUUGAUGCAUAUAAUCACUUGAAUGAAAGGGACCCUAAUACAUGGUGUAGGGCAUUUUUCCAACCCGAUAGAGCUUGUGAGGCUGUAGAAAAUGGGAUUUGCGAGUCAUUUAAUUCAAUAAUUGUUGAUGCAAGAAGAAAACCCAUAAUCACAAUGUUAGAGGAGAUAAGGAUAUUUGUUAUGGAGAGACAUUACAAAAUGUUAAGCAAAGCACAAGAAUGGGAAUCAGUUGUUUGUCCGGCCAUAAGAAAAAAGUUAACGAAAUGGGGAGAAAAUCACAGAUACUGGUAUGUUAUUCUUAGUGGUGAGAAUGUAUUUGAAACACGAAAUGGUUUUGAAGCAAUGGUGGUAGACUUAGAUUGUAACAGCCGUGAUGCGGCUUAUCACUCCUCCAUUGAUUGCUCACCAUCGUCGAUCUCGUCUCCAUCUUCUCCCACAGCUUACAUCGCUCCUCCAUCGAUUGCUCACCGUCGUCGAUCAUCGUCUCCGUCGGUGGUUGUCGCUCACCGUCUCCGUCGCCCACCGUCUCCGUCGCCGUCUCCCAUCACUCAACAGACAUCUUCAGGUGUGCCACAACCAGCAUGGCCCGAAGGCAUCCUACCGUAUUCAAUUUCAAGAGAGGUUGUUGUUAACGAUGAAGACCAUGAUGAAGAUGAUACUACUGUUGGUGAUGAAGAACAUCAUGAAAGUGAUGAUGUUGUUAGACAUCAAGAAGGGUUACAAGAAAGUCAAAUGACUAUAUUUCCACCAGAAUUUAAUAAUGCAAAUGAAGAAUAG